AUGACAAUGACACCGUCACCGACACCAGAAUUCCAAUCAUUUUUCGAAUUACUACCCUUCACGGGUGAUGUUCGUCAGAAUGUAGUCCAUUGGCUCAUGACGUUCAAUGAAGUCUGCACAACAGCUGACUUUCACGACGAUCAACGCCGAUUAUGGCUUCCGCUCAAAUUACUUGGUGGACCAAAAUCAUGGUAUCGUCUGGAGCAGCAAACCUUGGUGAAUUACAACUGGAAACAAGUACAAAUGGCAUUCAUUGAGGCAUUUGGCACAUCCAGUCAAAUCGAACAAGCGUCCAGAUCCUUGAGGACUCACAUUACAUCACAUGAAACGGAAAAUUCGGUGACAGAAUUUCGGUCAGACAAACUCGCAUCAUCAGUGAAUAAUAUAGUACAAGUCCACAAUCAACAACAACAAUUGAGCGAAGCUACACUUGCGACUGAUGAUACUCUUAAGUUUGAAUCAAUAGAAUCUAUCGAUCCACCGACAUUACAUGAGGUACAGGUGCAAAUUACCACUGAUAACAUGUUCCACCACGCAAUAACCGCCUUUCCUAUUGAACAAAAUAGAAGAUCAAGUGUCUGCAAAGUAUUAUCAAGUGGAAGACAAGUUAUUCGUGAUGGAAACUCGAAUACUAGCGACCGAAUACUAAAGAAUGGAAGACGAUCAGUUGAAUUAACAUCUAACACCAGUAGUCUACAACCGUCAGUAGUAGCGCAAAGUAGUACAAAUGAUAACGAAAAUAGUAAUAGCAAUUUAUCAAUAUCAAGUAA